CGGGGGUCUCACGUGUGUCACACAAACAACUUGGCCUUUUCCUGCGUCAGUCGGGGAAUUUGCCAAACGGAGGACGCUGGCGUCUCUGCUGCCGCAGUUUCCUUUCCGGCGCAGUUACUCUUUUCCAGAGCAGUUAGCAGUACAAGGCUCAGUUUCUCUGCUCACCAGACGGCCUUCUGCACGGGACUCUUGCUCCUUGCUGCUCAAGAAAUGUCUUCACUUUCAGAAUAUGCCUUACGUAUGUCCCGUCUGAGUGCCCGGCUGUUUGGUGAAGUUGCCAGGCCUACUGAUUCCAAAUCCAUGAAAGUAGUGAAACUAUUUAGUGAACAGCCUUUGGCCAAGAGGAAGGAGACUUACGACUGGUAUCCAAAUCACAACACUUAUUUUGCGCUCAUGGGGACACUCCGUUUUCUUGGCCUCUACAGAGAUGAGCAUCAGGAUUUUAAGGAUGAGCAAAGGCGUCUCAAGAAGCUUCGUGGAAAGGGGAAACCGAGGAAAGGAGAAGGGAAAAGAGCAACAAAAAAGAAGUAGUGUUGGCCCAGCAAGAGAGAAGAUUGGUUCCUCAGUGACUGAGAGAAGAAAGUGUAUUUGUUGUCUUUCCAUACACUGGAAGAAUGUAACCUUCCUAAGUGGAGGUUAUUUGGAGGAACACAGUCAUCUCUGUGUUGAAGUCUCAUCCAAUUCAAUUGUGACUGGUUUCUUGAACACAAUCUAAUUCUGCAAAUUUA